CCCAACACAAACAAGCAAAGCAAAGGAAGCAAGCAAGCAAGCAAGCAAGCAAGGAGGCGUUUGUUUUGUUUCGCAGCUGGUGUGCGUUGGCUGCGAGAGUGAGUGUGCAUUGUGAUUGGUGGGUUGGAUUGUGUGUGUGUUGUCGGAGGCACCACCAACACCGAAGCAGCAAAGACAGCGACAGCAAAGCAAAGCAAGCAAGCAGUUCGACUGUCGCAGGCCUGGACUGCGCGCGCGUGUGUGCGUGUGUUUGUGCGUGAGACUGAGGCAUCCGCAACUUCAGCCCCCAACGACAGCGAACAACAACACCCCUCGCUUGACGUGAGGUGGCACAUAAGGGUGGAUUGUGCGUGAGUGUGUGCGUAAGUGUGAGUGUGAGAGGGAGAGAACUUGACAGACUUGACACGAAAACAAGAGCGCCGCCAGCGAUGGAUCCCGUCAACUCCUUUGCGGUAGAGGCUGACGACGAAAUCAAAAAUGUGCGCCUUCAGCUCAAGGCCCUAAGUGGCCGAACAUCCAAGAAGGUGGAGUUGCUUCGCGACAUGAACGAGUUCUUCACCCGCCAGGCCGACAUUGAACUCCAGUAUGCGCGGCAGCUGGAUGGCCUGUAUGCCAAGUUUGUCAAGCCGCGCAGUGAGCGGGGAGCCGUGGCCAACGUCGCCAAGGCCCUCAGGCGGCCCACGCAAGAAGGCGAAGAGAACGAGGCGGUUGCGUCCCGCCUGGAUGGCGAGACGCACGGGCAGGUCAUGGACGUGUGGUAUGUGCUGUUGGAGCAGAUGCGCAAACGCGCAGACGCCCGGCAGCGGUUUGCCACAAACCUCGCAGACGAAAUGAAGUCGCGGUUGGACUGCCUAGAGCGCGAGAGUGUGGCUGCAUCGAAGCGCUGCCUUGAACUUGGCGGUCAUAUCCAGCUUGAGCUUCAGCGGUCGUUCAAGCAAGUUGACGACACCCUCAAAGUCUACUACUCUUCGCAAACCAAGUGCGCAAAGGCAGAGGAGAGCUGGGACAAGGCGAAGGAGAAGGGUCAAAUCAAGAAGGGCGAGAAAAUGAAAGAGAAGGUGGUUCUCGCUGAGAAGAAGGCCGUUGCUGCGCGCAAUGAAUACGUCCUCUCCCUCUUCUCCGCCAACGCGUGCAAGCGGCGCUACUACAAGCGUGAGAUCAGCCACUUGGUGGACGCGAUGGACAAGUACUUCCACUCCAACUUCCGCCACAUCUUCAAGAUCUUCCGUGAUCUCUCCAUGCAGGCGGAGGCGAUUGUGACCAAGUCGAUUGAGACGGUGCACGACACGGCGAGCAGCGUCAGCGCCAAGGCGGAGAAGGAGAAGUUCUUCAAGGACAACCGCGUGUACUUUAUGGACCGCCGCAUGUUCGAGUUUGUCAAGUUCAGGCCAGACGAGCCGAUGGAUGUUCAAUGCACACCAGACACGCUGGGAGACCUCAUUGGCCGCUAUCAGGACCUCGAAGCGAUGGUUGCCAAACUCGAUCAUCAGAUUACGGAGGAGAAGAAGACGCUCAAGACCAUUGGUGUUCUUCGUCGCGAAAUCGGACAUUCGCUCCAGGCGAAUGAUGAAGGGGUGCCCAAGUGCGUGGAGAACACAAGCAUGUACACAGAAAGCUACGCCCGGCUUGUGUUGAAGAAGGUGCACAAAGCAUCCCUUGUCAGCCAGCUCAAGGUCCUUGGCGAGGCACUGGGACCAAACAAACCCAUGAGCUCGCACACAUACGAAGACCAACUCUCUGAAUCCGAGACGGAGGAGGAAGAGGACUUUGAUUACCUUCAGUCCUCGCACAAGAGUGGCAGCUUGCGCCGCGCCUCGCUGGCGCACCGCACGUCCACAUCGUCGCUUCCGCCGGAGACAACCAACGGCAGCGCACAGGGCACGUCAACGCACACACCAGAUGCUCAGUCCAUUCGCAGCCGCAGCGGGUCUGCUGCGUCCACGCUGUCUGCGCUGCAGAACGAGGAAGUGGCACGCAGCCGGCUCAACACCGCCACCACACACGUGCCCGCCAGCGAAGAUGGCGGUGGGGACGACAGCAGCGGCGGUAUUAGUGCGGGGUCAUCGCAUAUGAGUGUGCGGCGCCCGGCACCAGCACCACCGGGACCGCCGGCUGGACGCUCCUCUCCUCGUCUCGGCCGCAGCGCUCGCAGGGGCAAGCGCCCGGAGCGCCCGCCUGAUCCGCGCCGCGGUGCGUCUGUGAGCGCCGGUACCGGGCGACCAAAACCGCCGGCAAAGCCGCCAUUGCCUGCAGGCAAAGUCACACCCAAGGCCACGCCCAAGCGGCCGCCACGCCCCACGCCUGCCAAGCGCCCCGAGCCAGCGGGGGCGGGCGAACGCCUCUCGCCUGCAGCGCUGAACGCCUCCAAGUUUGGCAGCGUGCUUGAUGUGAUGGCGAGCGCCACGAACAGGGAGGUGCCACUGCUGGUUGAGAGUUGCAUCAAGGCCAUCCGCGAUAUCGGCAUGAAGGAGGAAGGCAUCUUCAGGGUGCCCGGCUCAUCCUUGCAGAUUGACGAGCUGAAGGAGGCGUUUGAGCGCGGCCAGGAUCCGUUGGCAGACGGCGUUCCAUCACACAUCCACCCAGCUGCCAUUGCAGGCCUGUUGAAGUUGUUCCUGCGUGAGCUGGCGGAUCCCGUCAUGACCAACGAUAACUACUCCCUCCUCAUCCAGAUUGGCAACCUGCCUGACCAGCAGAAGCGGCUGCAGGGCAUCCGGCGAAUUGUGCACGAGCGGCUGCCGCCCGCAAACAGGCGCGUGUUGGAGGUGCUCAUGCCGUUCCUGUAUGAGGUGGCGCAACACGAGGCCGACAACAAGAUGGGCACGUCGAACCUGGCCCUCGUGUUUGGGCCAACGCUCAUGCCAGCGCCCAAGCAUGACAUGGGCGCAAUGCUGCGUGAUGCAACCACUGUCAACACCAUCAUGAGCUGCCUCAUUGAGUACCACGAGUGGAUCUUUGCGUCGGCAGCAGCACAACACGACGGCAGUGCUUCCACCACAGAUGCAACCGCACCCGAAGCAGAAGCAUCACCGAAAGACAGUGCCGCCUCCGCCACCACACCAGCCACAGCAGCCACAUCAUCAACAGCAGCAUCAGGGGCAACAGCCACGGGUGAUUCGAAGCCUGUUGCAGCCAAGCGCAAGCCGACACCGCGCGUCGUGACAUAUGCGCUGGCGCUGCACGACUACCAGGGGCGAAACCCGUCCGAGCUGUCGUUUGCAAAGGGCGCGCGCAUCCCCGUGCACGAGAAGACAGACCCCAAUUGGUGGAAGGGCGAGCUUGACGGAAAGAAAGGGUAUGUCGCUGCGGCGUACGUGAAGGAUGCCGGCCUUGAAGUAGACGCGAAACCAGCGACAACAGCAGCAACAGCAGCAACAGCAGGCGGGAAUGACGGCACGACUUCUGCUGCAGCAAACCAGACGCCCCAAGCAGCGCCGCGGUCACAGAAGAAGGUUCCGCCUGCCGUUCGUCCCCGCACCAAGUCCACAGCAAGCAUGCGGGGCAAGCUUGAGGAGCACGGCAGCGGUGUGCAGCAGGCCGGACCCGUGGCUGCCGCAGCAAAGACAUCGUCAUUGUCGUCGUCGUCGUCGUCACCACCACCAGCAGCACCUGCACCGGCACCUCCACGAGCACCAUCGGAUGAGCUGGAGAAGGAAGCUGAGGAGACGGACGACGAGGACUCGCCAACAACACACACAGGGACGCUCGACCUCGAUGCGCGGGCACAGUCGGCGUUUGUGCUACCAACGAGACCCCACCCAGCUGCUGCUGUUGGCAGUGGUGGACACGGUGACGCCGGUGACGAGACAGACGGAGAAAGUGUCGGGUACCUUGACAUUGGCGAGAUUCAGUCUCGUCGAGCAACGCUGGCCUCUGAGCGGUCGCCCGGUGUACCGCCGCCACCGCCGCCAGCAGACUACAGCGACAACGACGACGACGAUGCUGAUGCUGCUGAUGGUGCUGAUGGUGCUGAUGUGCAGGUUCGAUCGCGCGCAGGUACGGGUGUGCGCCAGUCCCCACGUCACAUCUCGCUCGACAUGACUGUGGAUGCGGCGACAACAGACGGCGACACAGAACCGCCACCGCCACCGCCCAUCCCUGCACCAGACUACGAUGAGGACCCGUUUGGAAGCAGCGACGCCGUCAGCUCGCCAAAGCCGCGGCUGAGCGAUUCGCUGGACACGCCCGCAGAGACACCGGCGCCCCCGAACGGCGCUGGCUCGCGGCUGUUUGAGACGCGGACGGCAUCCAAGGACUCGAUUGGCAGUGGGGGCGGGGCGAGCCGCCUGUCGCGCGCAAUGUCGUUUGGGCCCAUGUUUGCACCGCCGCCGCCACCAGACGAGGAUGAGGAGGACGAUGAUGAUGAUGAUGGUGAUGGUGAUGCGUUUGAUGGUGGCGAUGGCAGCGUGACACAGAUCACCCUUCCGCCGCCGCCGCCACCGACAGAUGCGGAUGCGGGCGGUUUUAGCGACGACGAAGUUGAUGAUCUUCCUCCGCCCCCACCACCAACAGGGGACGAUGAGUUUUUGGAUUUGCCGCCGCCACCAACACCGGAUGCAUAGUGGAACACAGGGAAGGAACAGGAUCUUAGCACGCGUUGUGUCGUGUGUGUGUGCGCGCGUUUGCUUUUGUGCGUCAACGUAGUUGUCCAGGUUGCCUUGCUUGUCUCUUCACGCUUCACGUUUGUAUUCAAACCAACGUCCCAAUCCCCUUUUGAUGUUGACAAAUGAGUGUGUGCUUGAUUGGCGUGCUUGUUGUCUUCGCUUGCAAUGUCGUGUGUUCGCUGCUGAACCAAGAACGUGAGGGUGGACAUGUCGUGUGGUUAUGCGCUUUGAUCUCGUGCUUGUCGUGUGGAUUUUGUCGAAUCACAAAAAGACAUACAGGAUGUGACCCACAAACGGUGGAUGCUGUGGCUGUGGUGGUGGUGGGGAUAGCAGGGAGGGAGGAGUUGGUCUUGCACUGAUGUGGACUAUGUUGUGGCGG